AUGGUUAAGCUUUUAAGUAUAUGUAUAUUAUUGUUGGAUAUUUUAGCUAAAGUCAAAGCUUACAAAAAUCGUUUAUAUACGAUAGCUAACUUCGACGAGAGUCGAACUCGAGGAUACAAAUGCGACGUGUACGAAGGUAUCACGUUUAGAGAAGAGCACGGGCAAUGGGUGUACAAAGAAGAUUUAAGUAUUCUAGAGGAAAAAGAACUGCGGGGCACUUCGGAACCAAUAGACAAUGAAACAAUUGAAAAUCCCUUUGAAAUGUUUGAGCAGAAUCUUCAUAAGUUCCUGUUUGGGGAAAAUGUCGAAAUUGAAGAAAACACUGACGACCCAAAUAAACUAAAACAUGAAGAGGGAAACGACACCGAUAUUUUCAAGCAUUAUGUUAUAGGAAAUUACUUUCACGCAGAGACAUUCAACAAUAAAAGCGCUGUACAUUUGCCGCCGCUAGAGUUCGUACAACGUGGACAUUGCUAUCUAAAUAUAACCAGGGAUUAUAUGCAGACCGCUGUUAAUGCGUUUGCGAUUUUUCUCUACGGAUCCAUUGAAGACAUACAACAAAUGCCCGCGGAUUACGUGUUGAGAUCUAGCCGAACUAUAGCCAUGAUGAAGAUAGCCAGAGAAAAGAUUGCAGUGACUUGGACAGUCGUCAAAGGCAAUAGGAGUACCGAGGAGAUAACGUCUGACGUAUUGGAGCUUUACCGUCCCCUGUUUAAAUAUAUCAAUGGCAGAGAAAUAGCCAGACUGAAUUUAAGUGACGAAAGCAUUUUAACAUAUAUUGGUACUCAUUCCGAUCUAGACAGACAUCAGGCGCUUGGUAAAUCUUAUAGCUGGGAUGCCAGAGAUGUUUCGAGGCUGGGUGUUCUGUUGGCUGAAGUGGAUGGGGAGGAUCUCAGUUCCAUUAAACCAGAAGCAAUGUCUGGAAUCGCCUCUAAGGUAAUGCUACAUAUACCAGCGAGGAACUUAAAACACUUGACUGAUAUACAAAUGCAACACCUGGGUCCCAAGUCGUUCAAUAUUCUUACGAGAAAACUGAAAAUUUACGAGGAUCAGAAACAACUGUACGAAUCUUCGAAAGGAUGUAGAUCAUUUGCUUGUGUUUCAAUUUUGUUUUUAAAUAUUCUAAGGAUAUGA